AUGAAUCCCACAGAACAUGCAAAGUUGAUGCGACAAGUUGAUGAACUUCUUGCUAAAGGAUUUAUUCGAGAGAUCAUUAGUCCUUGUGCCGUACCCGCUCUACUCAUACCCAAGAAAGAUGGCACGUGGAGAAUGUGUAUUGAUAGCUGGGCUAUCAACAAGAUUACAGUCAAAUAUCGGUUUCCCAUACCAAGGCUCGAUGACAUGUUGGAUAUGAUGACCGGUGCCACUAUCUUUUCCAAGAUAGAUUUGAAAAGUGGAUAUCAUCAGAUUCGUGUUCGGCCAGGAGAUGAGUGGAAGACAGCCUUCAAAACAAAAGACGACCUAUAUGAAUGGUUAGUCAUGCCUUUUGGACUAACCAACGCACCAAGCACUUUCAUGAGAGUUAUGACACAAAUUUUGAGGCCAUUCAUGGGUAAAUUCUUGGUUGUUUAUUUUGAUGAUAUCUUAAUCUAUAGCACCUCACAAGAGCAACACCUUAGCCAUCUAAAACAAGUCUGCACGGUUCUUCGAGCAGAGAAGCUGUUUGCUAACCUUAAGAAGUGUUCCUUCAUGUCUAGUGAAGUUAUCUUCUUGGGGUUUGUUGUAUCGUUUGAAGGCAUGAAAGCUGAUCCGGAAAAGGUAAAGGCCAUUGUUAGUUGGCCAGAACCAACAAAUAUCCACAAAGUGCGUAGUUUUCAUGGAUUGGCCAUAUUCUAUUGUCGUUUUAUUCGUGGGUUUAGUUCAAUCACGGCUCCUCUCACGGAUUACAUGAAGAAGGGAGAAUUCCACUGGUAUAAUGUUGCUGCAAAAGCAUUCAAAGAGAUUAAGGCUAAAAUGGUUGAGGCUCCAGUAAUGCGUCUUCCAGAUUUCUUAAAGCAUUUUGAUGUAGCUUGUGACUCGUCAGGGGUAGGGAUAGGCGGAGUAUUGAGUCAAGAAGGACAUCCAGUGGCUUAUUUCAGCGAGAAAUUGAAUGAAGCCAAGCAAAAAUAUUCUACCUAUGAUAGAACCAUGAGGCUCUGCGAUAAUUGGUGGGUUGAGUUCCUUCAAGAGUACACGUUUGUGUUGAAACAUAAAGCUGGUGUGGAGAAUAAACCAGCAGAUGCUCUCAGUCGUAAGAUUGAAAGAAGACUAUCCGAUAUGUCCAGAUUUGGGAAGGUAUAUGCUGCACUUUUAGAAGACAAAUCCAGAAGUAAUGAAUUUGUUUUACAAGAUGGUUUUCUCUUCAAGGGUAAUAAACUUUGCGUUCCCCGCACAUCAGUACAAGACUUUCUGGUUUUGGAGUUGCAUGCUGGUGGAGUAGCUGGUCAUUUUGGGAGAGACAAAACCAUUGCUCUUGUGGAAGACAGAUUUUAUUGGCCAAGUCUCAAACGUGAUGUUGCCAAGAUUGUGGAACAAUGUCGUACUUGUCAACUUGCAAAACAUAGAAGGCAAAAUACAAGGUUGUACACUCCAUUACCGGUACCCCAUGUUCCAUGGCAAGAUAUCAGCAUGGAUUUUGUACUUGGGCUACCGACGACACUGAGGAAGCACGAUUCUAUCUUUGUGGUAGUGGACCGUUUCUCCAAAAUGGCCCAUUUCAUCCCUUGCUCUAAGACAUUCGAUGCUUCUAAAGUGGCUAAACUUUUCAUGGAUGACGUGUUUUCUUCCGCUUAUCAUCCACAGACAGAUGGGCAAACCAAAGUGGUUAAUCGAAAUUUGGGCAAUUUGUUGCGAUGUUUGGUUGGUGAGCACUUUAAGUCAUGGAAUUAUGUGUUACCUAUUGCGGAGUUUGCUUAUAAUAAUUCAGUCAACAGAACAACUGGGAUGAGUCCGUUUGAAGUUGUGUAUGGUCAUAAACUUAGGGCUCCUAUAGACCUCAUGCCCAUGUCAGCUUCGCAUAGAUCAUUUGCGUCUGCCAAUGAAUUUGCACACCACAUUCAUGACUUACAUGCCGAGAUUAUUCAAAGGAUUAACAAUAGCAAUGCCACAUAUGAAAGGGAUGCUGAUGUUCAUCGCAGAUUGAAGGAAUUUUCAGUUGGUGAUUUUGUUAUGGUUCAAAUUAAGCCAGAACGAUUUCCUCAGGGAAUUGCAAAGAAGCUGCAAGCUCGUAGCAUGGGACCUUUUAAAGUUUUGAAGCGAUUAGGCUCAAAUGCAUAUAUGUUGCAGCUUCCUCCUGAAAUGGGGAUCAUCCCAAUUUUUAAUAUUGAAGAUUUGGUGCCAUACAAGGAACCUGCCGCCUUUGACAAUACUUCUGCCGAGAAUUCAGAUCCAUUUUCUAUAUCUGAUUUUUCUUCCCUAACCCCACUCUUACCGCACCCUAGGCCUAAAGAAAAGGACAUUGUUGAAGAUAUUUUGGACGAUCAUAUUGUUUCUACUAGACAAGGUGGAUAUCAUAAAUUCCUAGUCAAGUGGAAGAAUAGACCAAAUUCAGAUAGUACUUGGAUUACACAAGAGGACCUACAACGCAUUGAUCCCGACAUUCUUGAGCGUUACUACAGUUUUAUCUCACCGGAGUCGAGCUCUCUUCAGCCCGGGGGAAUUGAUGCGGACAUCUAUGACAAACCUUUUAAGGUUUACAAAAGAAGGAAGAAGCGAUCAGCCAAUCCAAGAUUAUCAUUAUGGUCGGGGUGA